UACUGUUUGGAUAUAUUCCACUAUUUAGAAAGCAAAAUGGACUACGAAAACUUGAGUAACAAGGUAAGCCACACAAAUGGGAAUGACUCCCCAUUACAAUGAAGGGCCAACUUCAUUUUCAAUGAAUCCCACUAUAAAAACUUUAGCAAUGCAAAAGCUAAAACAUCAACCAUUUCCUCAUCCACUUUCACUGGAAUCACAAUCCUGAAACAAAAACAUCUUAGCAUUUAACAUACUACUAGACAACAUGACCACCACAUUGGAAAGAGGUUUCUCGGAAGAGCAAGAAGCUCUGGUGGUGAAGUCAUGGAAUGUCAUGAAGAAGAAUUCUGGAGAGUUGGGUCUCAAGUUUUUCUUGAAAAUAUUUGAGAUUGCUCCAUCAGCUCAGAAAUUGUUCUCAUUCUUGAGAGAUUCAACGGUUCCUUUGGAGCAAAAUCCCAAGCUCAAGCCCCAUGCCGUGUCUGUCUUUGUAAUGACCUGUGAUUCAGCAGUUCAGCUGCGGAAGGCCGGGAAAGUCACUGUCAGAGAAUCAAACUUGAAAAAAUUAGGUGCUACCCAUUUUAGAACCGGCGUAGCAAACGAGCAUUUCGAGGUGACAAAGUUUGCACUGUUGGAGACCAUAAAAGAAGCUGUACCAGAAAUGUGGUCACCGGCUAUGAAGAAUGCAUGGGGAGAAGCUUAUGAUCAGCUGGUCGAUGCCAUUAAAUCUGAAAUGAAACCACCCUCCUCUUAGACUCCAGUUUAAGCAGUUCCUUUCCUUCCCUCUCAAUUCUCAAAUUGUUAUAUUAAUAAAAGUGAGAAAGUUUAGGCUUGUGCUUUUAUUUUGUGUGAAUGUAAUAUACUUUGUGUACGUAGACUUGGCUAUUGGGAGUUGCUAGGUUGGGAAGUGUUUCGCAUUCAACAAUUCUGUAGUUGAAGGUGAUUAAAUGAAUUAUAGCUAUUUGUUUCUUUAUACUUA